AUGUCUGAUGGUGCCCCUAACAAGACUAGCAUCCAAAUAAAUGACGGGAGCGAAUCGGUGCCUCCCAACGAGCGAGACAGGGUAAUCAGAACGAACUCGAUUGGCAAAACGGUGGAACAUGAGGACCCCCAAGAAGAAUCACCACCGUAUGGACGAUGCUACAGCGAUGUGAGCGGCUAUUUAUCCCCCGAGUCGUUUUCCCGCUUCGGGAGUGUAAGCGGCACAAAUGAGAAUCUCUACUGGAGCGGCAAAAGUGACAACGAUGUGGAUGAGGCCACCGACGGGGGGGGCACUUCCCCGGGUGUGACCCCUGCGGGUGGGACUCCUGCCGAUGUGACCCCUGCGGGUGGGACCCCUGCCGAUGUGACCUCUGCUGAUGGCUCUUCCGCCGACGCCUCUUCCGCUGACGCCUCUUUUGCCAAUGGUGCUUCUUCCGACGCCUCUUCCGCUGACGCCCGUCGAGGGGCCCACCCGAGUGGCAAUGACGCGGAGAACCUUCCCAGCCAGCAGGGCGGCGAGAACCUAAAAACGCACAGCCUUGGCCUGGGACUCCGAAACAGCAAUAAAAAGAGCCUCCCCAAAAAGGAGAUGAAAAACGUCAUGGGCUAUAACUACUUCACACUAAGACAGCAACUGAUGAAAGCAGACGACUCGAAGAUUUUAAAAAACAUCCCCCUGAGCAUAUUUGUGGGGACGUGGAAUUGCGAGUAUUUUGACUUCUCCAAAGAAUGCCAUAAUGAAAAGAAAAUGUUCACUUCUAAUUACCUUAGUGAAAACUGCAACGAGGACAUGUAUUCUUUAAGGGAAAGCGAUCGGUACUCGGUUAGGUCUAUGACGCCCUUUUUGUCUGUUAAGGCGCUGGGGAAUUGCAAGAAUGUGGGGGGUUCCUCUACCGUGCAGUCUUCCCCAAAUGGUGAUAGCAGGAGUGCAAACUGCUCCUAUGAGGGAAUCUUCGAUGGACAGCUACGAACUCCGCAGGAAGGGGCAGAAGAAAGUGUAAGCAGCCCCCCACCCAUUGGAGUCAUCCCAUGUGAUGAUAUCGAAGCGGGGAAAGUAUCACCCAGUAGCCUCAAAGGGGUAGACAAAAUACGACCCACAGGAGGAGACGAUUCAUCAAGCGAAAUGGACAAUUGGGAAAAAGGCAAAACCUUUUGUAAAGGCGCAAAAAAACCCAGCGAGGGUAACAACAAACUGCGCGCAUCCCUCCGAGAUGGAGGCAUCCCAAAUGAAAGAAUAAAAUUUAAGAGUCAGCUCACACACGGAAUAGCUAAUAGAAUCACGUGGGUUAAACGAUUAUCACGGCAUAACAUUCGUAAGGAAGACUCCCCCUCCAAUGAGAGCAACCCUUAUUGUAUAUCCCCUAAUCGAAAAAAGGCAGUUAACAAAACGCCAACGAUGGGGGUCCCGAAGAGGGUGCCAGGGGGAGAUCCCGCAAAAGCUCAAACGGAUAAGCCAAGAAGGACACAGAUAGAUAGACCGAGACGCGCCCAAAUAGAAAAGCUAAGACGAGUGGACCUAAACGAAAGAGAAAAAAGCAACUAUCACUUUUCCGAACUAAGGGAAAACUAUUCUAAUAGGAGGCCAUCCAAAUUGAGAGAGAAACAAAUAUUCUCUACUUGGAUUCAACCCCACUACGACAUCUACAUCAUUUGUCUACAGGAGUCCAUCUCUGAUAACAUCAUCGAGUGUUUGUCUCGCCAUUUGAAGGAGAUAAAUCAAGAGACCUACAAAUUUUUACCGCUAGACGAUUGCAAACUGUCUGGGUAUGGGGAUGGGGCGUUUCUUCAAAUGAAGUCUACCACUAUAGCUGCCUGGGUGAGGGCGUCAAAAUUGUAUCCAAAUGGACCCGUAAAAUUAUGCGCCUCUAAAUCUAUAGCCUUUAACAAAAUAAAUAAUAGCAAAGGGUGCGUAUCUAUCCUGUUUAACAUUUUUAAUCAAUUCAUCUUAUUCAUCGGUUGCCACAUGCCAGCGAAGGACCAGGAGAUAAGACAGAAAUCGAGAGAGUUCAUUCUUACCAAGCUGAGUGAAUUCUUCAGUAACAGAAUUACCUCCAAUUUUAAAGAAGUCUUUCAUCAUGUCAUUUGGAUGGGAGAUUUCAACUUUAGGGUUCAGGGGAUACACCUUGACGAAGCUGUACAUUGCUUGCAGACUAACAAUUUGAAGGAGCUCCUAAAAUAUGAUGAGGGGAACUCUGCCUACUCGUAUGAUCUAUCCAUAAGCUUUCAGGAACUCCCCAUCUGCUUUCUCCCCACUUAUAAGAAGAACGGCAACCGCCCAGUCAUCAACCGGGACGAUGCCAACUGGGUGCAGAAGGAGUACAAGCUCGUCCACAACAUCAAGUGGUACAAGGGCGGCCGCCAGGAGUCCCGCAUCCCCUCGUGGACGGACCGCAUCUUCAAAUGGUCGUGCGAGAAAACGAGGAGCUGCCUCAUCUUCGUGCCCAACUCCUACCUUUCGCCCCUACCGGAGGAGCAAAGCAUCCUCAUGGCCAGCGACCACAGCCCCGUGUCCUGCUGCUUCCAAAUGUACAUGAUGAAGAACGAAAGGGAAAUCCCCUUGACCAAGGUCACGCUUGCCAAGUCGAUUGAGGGUUCUCCCGCCGAGUAUUCGUAA